UCUCGUUUGUCAUUUGUGUGCUCCUCUCGCACGUUGUUAUUCACACGUUCGCCCUCGUAUGAUCGAGGGUCUUGCCCGGCUAACUCAUCACCUACCCUCACGGCGCUAAUGUCUCAUGACGAGAGCGCACCUCUUCUAGCAAAUGACACACCACACCCGACAUUCCCCACCAUUUCUGAAGCGCUGAUGCGCCUGGACAAUAACAUCGGCUGGGCCAAUGUCAACGAAGUCUGUCCUGCGGAUACCGACCGGAGCAGGGAGACCGCUUUCCGAAUGGUCGUUCUUCUCGCAUUACGGACCCACAAGCUUCGCCAGCAACCAGACACGGACAUGUGGAAUCGGCAUCAACACGACAUAUCGACGACAGAUAUUGUUAAUUCACUGGAUGGACUGGCUCUACAGACAUGGAGCACCUUUUUAGAAGAUUACAGAAGCGCAGCCGAAAUAGAACAGGUGCUCUGGAGUCCGUUCGUUGUGGAUGAUUUGACGCCACAAAGUUUACGAGUGGUUGAUCUCUUAUGCACUACCGAACCUGAGUGUAGUCCUCUGGUUUGUCACGACCUUGUUGUCCUCAGCAUCAUCCACACUUGGAAACAUGGUUUUUCGUCCGGCAGGACUGAGAUCGGCGCUCGAUAUGAGGCCAUGAGCACCCCACGCGCCCUUCAUCUGAUAGACCUCAUCACGCAUCUGGCAUAUUUCGGGCUGCUCGUCAGUUAUGUGAUGCGCCCACCCCCGGAACCGCUCACCAACGAAACUUCCCGCCCCAAUUACAUUGGCGCCAGAGAAAUCCUUCUCAUUUUGUUUUCGGGUUCUAUCCUUACCAGAACUUGGAACGCCUUC